AUGGAUUUCUCAGACUUUCAGACUCGGACAAGAGAGGGACGAAAUGGAAGAACCUCAGUCCUGGGCGAAUUUCAGCAGGAUGUGGUUCUCCCUUGCUCUUUCAAGAGCGGAAGCUUCCUGGUCAUACACUGGAGAGUGGGAGCGGAGGAGAAGGUGGUGCACAGCUAUUACAGGGAUCAGGACCAGUUGUCUAGGCAGGACAGCCAGUACAGGAACAGAACGGCUCUUUUUCACAGUGAAAUCCAUCAGGGGAAUGCCUCUCUCAGACUCCAUCGUCUGCGCCCAGAGGAUGCUGGGAUUUACUUUUGCUAUGCGGCGUCCAUAGACGGAAAGGUGGAGGAGGAAGUGGAACUGAUAUUUGCAGCUUUCUUCACCCCUGCCAUGGAGUACACGAAGCAGGAGAACAGCAGCCUGCUGACCUGUCGGGCAUCUGUGAUCUACCCCCACGUAGAGUGGACGUGGAGUGGGGCCUCAGAAACUAAGAACCUCAAGGAAGGGAAGUCGGGUGAUCUCUAUUUCAUCGAAAGUCAACAGACUGUCGCAGACUCCAGCUCUCUCACCUGGUGCUCCAUCCAGAACUCCCUGCUGCGACGAACGUGGAAAGGAACCUGGACGAGGGCAGAGCCUCUGGUAGGAAAUGAAGGCGAAGAGGUUUCAUUUCCCUCUCUAUGCGCAAAGGAGAAAUUAUCACCCGACUUACCUUUUAUCGUCACUUGGUCCAAAGUCACUCAAGCUUCUUUGGUGGUCCUGGCGUCUUUUGAUAACACCUCACGGAAGCUCAACAUCCGUGAACCUCGACUCUCCUGGGAUCCAAAGGCCGUCAUUCAGGGAGUCAGCAAUGUGACCUUAAAGAAUCUUCUCCAGUCGGAUGAGGGAGAGUACCUGUGUAGCAUUUCGUCACGAUCCUUCACCCAACUCACCGUGAGACAACUCACCGUGCAAAAACCCACCGUGCAAAAAGCCGCUACGCAAAAACUCACCGGGCAAAACCCCUUUAUACUAAAACCCGCUGUGCAAAAACCUACCGUGCAAAAACCCACCGUGCAGAAACCCACCGUGCAAAAACCCACCGUGCAGAAACCCGCUACGCAAAAACCCACCGUGCAAAAACCCGCUACGCAAAAACUCACCGGGCAAAACCCCUUUAUACUAAAACCCGCUGUGCAAAAACCUACCGUGCAAAACCCCACCGUGGAAAAACCCGCUACGCAAAAACUCACCGGGCAAAACCCCUUUAUACUAAAACCCGCUGUGCAAAAACCUACCGUGCAAAAACCCACCGUGCAAAAACCCACCGUGCAAAAACCCACCGUGCAGAAAUCCGCUACGCAAAAACCCACCGUGCAAAAACCCGCUACGCAAAAACCCACCGUGCCAAAACCCACCGUGCCAAAACCCACCGUGCCAAAACCCACCGUGCCAAAACCCACCGUGCCAAAACCCACUAUGCAAAAACUCACCGUGCAAAAGCCCACUGUGCAAAAACCCAUCGUGCAAGCACUCACUGUGGAAAACGCCAUCACGCAAACCUUCACCGGGCAACAAGUCAGUGGGGAACUCAAAGGAGAGUUGGAUGCUUGGUCAGUUGUGCUGCUCGCCCUGGCUUUUAUGCUGUUGAUGAUUCUGCCGGCGACAGGAAUCGUCAGGAGGAGGAGAGGAUGCCAGUCGAAGUCGCUGCGGAGAGAGUCGUUGGCACAGGCAGCAGAGUCGUCUGAGGAGGUCUCGUUAAAUCCUCCGUUUAAUCAGCAGUUUAAUCAGGGUCUCUCGCUCCUUGUUCUGACGCAGAAGGCAUGGUGCCAGCAGCUGGAAGUUGUUUAUCAUCAGUGGAGGCUGGGCCUUGGCGGGACAAAGCCGGACUAG